CAAAUGUACUUUAGCUCUGAGCUCUAUGCAACCACAAUUGUUCUAAAUAUGCACUGAUGCAUUGUGAUAUAUUAUUGUGGAAAUUGAAUACUUAUUGAUUUUCACUUGCUUAUAAGCCUAUAAUAUAUAAUAUCCAAGUCAAUGAUAAAGCAGGCCGGCCUUUUCUAUCAGCCCUAUAUUCUUAUUGAACCUUGUUAGAGAAAUCAAUAACUAAUGCACAUAUAUAUGAUGUACAGUAUAUAUAUUGCAAGACUAAAUAACAAGUAGAUAAUUGUCUUGAGGGGCAAGAUUAAGCAUAUUAGGUUGAUCAGGCAUUGGUAUGACAAUGGAGGAUCCUAAGAAGGUGGAAGAAGGAUUUGGAUACUCAGGUAACGAAGGAACUUAUGAUGAAUAUUUCAAUGAGGUCAAGAAAGACCAAAGCACGGAGCAUGAUAAACAGAUGGAGCAGAGGGUGGCACCAGAACAUAUGCCCUCAAUCAAACUAAAAGAUGAUGAUCAACAAACAGCCUCCAUAACUAACAAACCAAAGAACAAAAGGAUUGCGUCUUUGGAUGCCUUUAGAGGCCUUGCUAUAGUGUUGAUGAUUUUGGUAGAUGACGCUGGAGGUGUAUAUCCACGUAUAGAUCAUGCACCAUGGAACGGUUGCACUUUGGCAGACUUCGUCAUGCCUUUUUUCCUUUUCAUUGUGGGACUUGCAAUUGCCCUUGCCCUCAAGAGGGUUCCAAAGAUGAGGGUUGCAAUCAAAAGGAUAUUUGUAAGGACCAUUAAGCUCAUGUUUUGGGGAAUUCUUCUGCAAGGAGGAUACUCACAUACCCCCUAUGAGUUGGUUUAUGGAGUUGACAUGAAGAAGAUCCGUUGGUUUGGCAUCCUUCAGAGAAUAGCAUUUGUAUACAUGGUUAUAGCUCUCAUAGAAGCUCUGACUGUCAAGCUCAGACCUACAAUCUUAAAUCCAGGUCAUUUGGCCAUUUUCAAAGCAUACAGAUGGCAAUGGUGUGGUGGACUUGUAGCAUUUCUUGUUUACAUGGUCACAACAUAUACAUUAUAUGUGCCAGAUUGGACUUACAAUGGACCUGAAAGUAAAGUCACGGUAAGAUGUGGUAUGAGGGGGAGUUUAGGACCAGCAUGCAAUGCAGUUGGAUAUGUUGAUCGUCAAGUCUGGGGAAUUAAUCAUAUAUACACCGGGCCUGUUUGGAUACGUUUAAAGGCUUGCACUCUCAGUUCACCAAGUGCUGGUGCUCUUCGAGAUGAUGCUCCUACUUGGUGCCUUGGUCCAUUUGAACCAGAAGGACUGUUGAGUACAAUUUCAGCUAUCCUCUCCGGCACCAUUGGCAUCCAUUAUGGCCACAUAUUAAUUCAUUUCAAGGGGCACGCUGAGAGGCUAAAACAGUGGGUAUUGACAGGGUUGGGAUUACUUGUUCUUGCCAUCAUACUUCAUUUUACCGAUGCUAUUCCUAUAAACAAGCAACUCUACAGCUUCAGCUACGUUUGUUUCACAGCCGGUGUUGCUGGAAUUCUAUUUUCUGCCUUCUACAUGCUGAUUGAUGUUUGGGGAAUACGUGCUCCAUUCUUGUUCCUAGAAUGGAUAGGAAUGAAUGCAAUGCUGGUGUUUGUGCUGGGAGCGCAAGGAAUCUUAGCAGGAUUUGUAAAGGGAUGGUUCUAUGAAAAGCCAGACAACAACCUAAUAUCUUGGAUUCUUGACCAUGUUUUCAUCGAUGUGUGGAACUCGGAGAAAGUAGGGACACUGUUAUAUGUAAUAUUUGCUGAAAUCACAUUCUGGGGAGUACUUUCUGGCAUUCUGCAUAAAUUUGGUAUAUACUGGAAACUGUAGAGGGCAGAUUCAAGUGAACAAAGGACAUGGAGUGGCAGAAAUCUAGAUAAAUACAAACUUAUAAGAUUUAUAUAUGAGUGAAAGUGCACAUUUCAUUUCGGGUUGCUUAAAUUGUUUCAUUAUUGUACUUUUAAGAUUUGUAUACUUGUUAUUUAAGAUUCAUAUAUUGGACAUUAAAAUCUUGUUUUUUACUUGUAUAGAUGAU